GUGGCCACACGGGGCGCUCUGAAUGAGGGCGCAUAAAACAGAAAACGCAAGCUACACUUGACAUUACGUCUAAAAUAAGCCACCUCCAUAUCCCUGUCAGAAGAAGGACUAAACUACAAACUCACGCUGAUUAUGAACUUGUUGUCGUUUGUCCUUCUGGCCGUGCAAAUACACAGCGUGGCGCCUGUGAUUCACUCGUUGCAGUAUUUCCGAACUGUGUCCUCUCAAGUUCCAAACUUCCCAGAUUAUGUGGUCGUUGGUUAUGUGGAUGAAGUUGAGAUUGGUCACUACGACAGCAACAACAGGAAAGCAGAAGUCAAACUGGACUGGAUGAACAAGAUCACAGCAGAGGAUCCACAGCACUUGAAGAUACUGACAGAGCUUAGUAUUUUUCGUCAGGACUUCUACAAAAAACGCUUGGAAACUCUUCAGCAGCGCUUCAACCAAACUGGAGGCGUCCACAUUUACCAGAAGAUGUCAGGCUGUGAAUGGAAUACUGAGACUGAUGAGGUUCGUGGUUGGGAUCAGGAGAGUUACGAUGGAGAAGACUUCAUCACUUUGGACAUGAACACAUGGACAUUUACCGCAGCAAAACCACAAGCCAUCCCCAGCAAACAUGAGUGGGAUCAUGAUAGCGUUUAUAUGGACAGCUUAAAGUAUUACUACACGGAGAUUUGUCCUUAUUACUUGAAGAAAUAUGUAAAAUUAGGGAGGAACUUCUUAAUGAGAACAGAGCUUCCAAAGGUGUCUCUCCUCCAGAAGACGCCAUCCUCUCCGGUCAGCUGCCACGCGACAGGUUUCUACCCCAACAUUGCCGCCUUGUUUUGGAGGAAAGACGGCGAGGAGCUCCACGAGGGCGUGGAGCACGGAGAGAUGCUCCCCAACCAUGACGGAACCUUCCAGAUGACGGUGGACCUGACAGUGAAGGUGACAGAUGACAUGGAGGGCAAGUACGAAUGUGUGUUUCAGCUGUCUGGCGUCAAAGAGGACAUUGUGACCAAGCUGGAGAGAGGAAGCAUACUGAGCAAUGCAAGUGAUGAAGACAACUUGAGCAUCACCGCCACAGUGGCGGCCCCUGCUGUGGUUGCCCUCCUGGGGGCCAUCAUCAUCAUCAUCGUCAAGUGUUACAAGAAGAGACAUGCCAAAUACGAUCCAGCUGCUCGUGACGGUGGUGGCGAGCUCUCAGAGAAGAUGGCGGUUGAAGGUUGAGUGCGGCACAGCAGUCGGCACACAGAAUGUGCUGUCAUCUUCUUCCUCCGGGGUCGUUGGUGGAAAACAGACACAAGUCUCCAUCCAUGGGACUUUUGUUAGCUGUGGGACGUUGUCACACCCGGAGAUGGAGAUGUGGAUUGUUCUUCAUCAAACUGCUCCUCGUGUUAUAUAGGGUGUCUUUUUUGGGUGCUUAAGGUUUAGAAAACUGGUUAUAAUCAAAUAUUUUCGCUGGCUUUGGUGAGGUAAGAUCACUCAUACGUAGGUGAAAAUGUUUGUUUUUUUUCCUUUAGCAGGGAACCCUUUUGAUUUGGAUUUUUGUGGAAAAGGCUUCUUUUUGUGUGCAAACCAAUAAAUGGAAUACCAACAAUCAAAACUGCUUCUAUCUG